AUGCUAGCCCUUCGUUCCACGGCCGGGGCAGUGGCCAGAAGAGCCCGUACCACCGCCGGUCGCUUUCCCUCAUCUUCUGCCCGCACACUGCCAAAGGCUGCUGCUUCUGUAGCUCUCACGCAUAGACGGGCUUAUUCAACUCCUUCUACAGACAACUUCCAUACGCGGUCAACAGUUGUCCAGCUGCUCAGCAACAUAGGGUCGAAGCGGGAGGUUCAACAAUACCUAUCCCACUUCACAUCCGUUUCCUCUCAACAGUUCGCCGUCAUUAAAGUUGGCGGAGCUAUUAUUACCGAGCAUCUCGAAUCCCUCACUUCUGCUCUCGCCUUCCUUAACCAUGUCGGACUCUUCCCUGUCGUCGUACAUGGUGCUGGCCCACAACUCAACAAACUUCUAGAGGAUGCAGGCGUUGAGCCCCAAUUCGAGGAGGGAAUCAGGGUUACAGAUGGCAAAACCUUAGCAGUGGCGAGGAAGCUCUUCCUGGAGGAGAACCUGAAACUAGUAGAGAAGUUGGAGGAGAUGGGUGUUCGGGCCCGGCCAAUUACAUCAGGUGUUUUCAGUGCAGACUAUCUGGAUAAGGAGAAAUAUAAUCUGGUUGGCAAGAUCAAUCAGGUCAACAAGGACCCAAUCCAGGCUGCGAUUAAUGCAGGGUGUUUGCCGAUCCUGACAUCAAUGGCAGAGACGCCUGAUGGCCAGGUCCUGAAUGUCAACGCAGACGUUGCGGCAGGAGAGCUUGCGCGUGCACUUCAGCCACUCAAGAUUGUCUACCUUUCUGAGAAGGGCGGCCUGUUCAACGCCGACACCAAUGAAAAAAUCUCUGCCAUCAACCUGGAUGAGGAAUAUGAGACUUUGAUGUCGCAAUGGUGGUGCAGAUAUGGCACAAGAUUAAAGAUCAAGGAGAUCAAAGACCUACUCGAUGGACUCCCAAGAACAACCAGUGUGGCCAUCAUCCACCCGGCAGAUCUCCAGAAGGAACUGUUUACCGAUAGUGGUGCGGGAACACUUAUUCGACGAGGGAACAAGCUGUCGACUGCUUCGACCAUCUCCGACUUUGAGGACCUGCAGAAGCUCAAGGAUGUCCUUGUUAGAGACCGCGAGGGCUUAGAUGCUAGAGCGACCGUUGACAGAUAUGUGGAAGGCCUGAAGUCACGGGAAUUCAAGGCAUACUUUGACGAGCCUCUAGAUGCCCUAGCCAUUGUUCUGCCUCCUUCGUCAUCAUCAUCCCUUGCCAACCUAGCUGCUUUCACAAUUACCAAGUCUGGCUGGCUUACAAAUGUUGCCGAUAACGUCUUUGCAUCAAUCAAGAAGGACCACCCAAAACUCGUCUGGACUGUCAAGGAGGACGACGAAAAUCUGACUUGGUUCUUUGACAAGGCUGAUGGCAGCCUUUCAAAAGAUGGCGAGGUCAUGUUCUGGUAUGGGAUCGAAAACGGUGAUGAAGUCAAGGAGCUAAUGACUGAGUUCACGAGACACGGCCGGUCAAUGCUUGGCGAUGCCAAUCUUGAGGCACGACUUCACCGUGCUGCCCAGGCGGCAUCCAAUGGACUGAGUGCUUCGGCGAAGCAACAUAAUGCACCAAAGACGCAACAGGCACGAGCCUUCUCUACCUCUACACGCCGCCCAGUUUCAAAGAGCUCGCAGAGAAUUAUUUCCCGGCAAUUUGCUUCAUCAUCGCGUGGCUAUGCAACUACUACCAAUCCCAAUCCUCCUUUUGGCCAGAAGAACUCCUCAAAUACCCAGCCAGCAAAGGUUGCCUUGAUCGGUGCCCGAGGAUACACCGGACAAGCUCUCAUCAGCCUCCUUAACUCUCACCCGAACAUGGACCUCCGCCAUGUAUCGUCGCGUGAGCUUGCAGGCCAAAAGCUCAAGGGCUAUGACAAGCGGGACAUCACGUACGAGAACCUCACACCUGAAGAUGUCCGUCGCAUGGAAGACAAGGGCGAGAUUGACUGCUGGGUUAUGGCGCUCCCCAACGGCGUCUGCAAGCCUUUCGUCGAUGCCGUUGAAGCAGGCAACGGCAAGCAAAACAGCGUGAUUGUUGAUCUCUCGGCCGACUAUCGAUUCGACAGUAAAUGGACCUAUGGUCUUCCAGAACUUGUCACCAGAUCUGAUAUUGCAAAAGCCACUCGCAUCUCCAACCCAGGAUGCUAUGCUACUGCCGCACAACUUGGCAUCGCGCCUCUAGUACCGUUCCUUUCCGGACAGCCUACUAUUUUCGGAGUAUCUGGUUACUCUGGGGCGGGAACCAAGCCAAGUCCUAAGAAUGAUAUUGAGAAUCUUAAGAACAACAUCAUCCCCUACAGCUUGACAGACCACAUCCACGAGCGUGAGAUCAGCACCCAACUUGGUGCCGAAGUAGCGUUCAUCCCCCACGUUGCCGUGUGGUUCCAAGGCAUCCAUCACACCAUCAGCAUCCCAUUGAAGGAGACCAUGACAAGUAGAGAUAUUCGUCAGCUAUACCAAGAGCGGUAUGCAGGCGAGAAGCUGGUGAAGAUCUCUGGUGAGCCCCCGAGCGUGAAGAAUAUUAGUGGCAAGCACGGCGUCGAGAUUGGUGGAUUUGGAGUGCAUAGCAGCGGGAAGAGAGUAGUGGUAUGUGCUACCAUCGACAAUCUGCUGAAGGGUGCAGCAACACAAUGUUUGCAAAAUAUGAAUCUCUCACUUGGAUUUGCUGAGUACGAGGGAAUCCCGCUAGACUAG